AUGGCUGCCGAGUCACAGCCAGAGGUGCCCCUGGCGGUAAGGCUCCCAUCCACAGAGAAGCCCCUCACGGUCCUGCAUGUGAGCCUGUACCACCCCACGCAGGACCCAGACACCUUUGCCAACGUCCCACCGAAGCUGCAGCAUGACACCAACCCGCUGCUGGUGGGGCGGGGCCCGGAGGCCCACCUCCAGCUGCGGCUCCCGUGCCUCUCCCGCAGACACCUGUCGCUGGAGCCCUACCGGGAGAAAGGUGGCACUCCCCUGGCCUUCUGCCUGAAGGCCCUGAGCCGCAAAGGCUGUGUGUGGGUCAACGGGCUGACUCUGAGGUUCCUGGAGCAGGUUCCACUGAGCGUGGUCAACAGGGUUGCCUUCUCCGGCAUCCAGAUGGUGGUCCGCAUAGAGCGAGGCACCUCCCUGGAGGCCUUUGUCUGCUGCUUCCAUCUCAGCUCCUCGCCCCUGAUUCACAGGCCCCAGGCUGAGGAGACUGAUGAAUGGGAAAGCAAACCCCAGGAGCAGCCGCCCCCAAGUUCGGGGCAGCGAGCUCCAGAUCACCCGGGGCUUCACCACGGCCCUUCCCAUCCAAGCCCUGGAGGAGGAACAGAAACACAGCUCCAGGAGCCCCCAGAAAGUAUGCUCUGCUAG